UCUAUUUUGACUUUUAACCUAUUCCAACUUCCUAAAAUUCUUGCUAAAACUUCCCUACUAUAUACUGCCAGCUUUAGUGUGAACCAUAAGCGAAAACCUCAUAAAACCAGAAAAAUUUUCACAAACAGUAAAAAGUUAAACUUACACGCAUUGUUAAGCUGGGAAUUAUUAUUACUGUGCUGAUUUCUUUGGAAGACUAAAUACUUAUCACAUCAUACUGUAUUAGUUCAGCAGUGUGUAUUUACGGGAAUUUUUUGAAAAGAUAAUAAUGUGUGGCACAGCUACAAGAUAAAUGCAAAAAUAAAGACUUGUUCAACACAAACACACACAUACACUUAAAUUAACAAACAAUAUGUGUCAAUCUUGGAAAGGUCUUGUCAUAUAAAAGCUUGAAAGGAGAAGAAGAGAUACCACAACUACCCCACAGCAAGCAGACAAACAAAGACUGACAAAAACGACAAGAAGAAGGGGAAGACAAAGAACGAAAACGAAGCAGAAUAUGAUGACAAUGUCUAAGGCAAAAACAAAGCCAAGAAAACAUGUUAACAGACAACAAUUACCGCUUUUAUGUUGGUGGCUUAUCAUGGGCACAAACUUAUUAAGUUUGUGCAGUUUAACGCAGGCAAUCAACUCAACAGUUAAGAACAACAAUGAGGUCUUAUACACAGUGAAACCAAUAAUGAAAACUGCAGCAACUACUACCAGUAUUGCCGUCACUACAAUCAAUACCACAGAUGCAUUUGAUACGGAAAUUCAAAGUGCAACAGCCAGUAGACAAAAACUACUCAAUGCUGAUGUUGCACGAGAAAUAAAGGAAAUUGAAAAACAGCCAGUUGCUGCUAACAAAGACGGUCAACAGCUCAAUACUCCAAACAACAAAAACUCUUCUAAUAUUAAUGCUUUUAAUGCUAAUACAAUGCUGGGGCAUGAGUUGAAUGAAAAGUUAAUCUUAUGGCCCAAUACCACCAUAGAAUGGUUAAAUUUAACGGAUGUCUUAAACAACAACAACAACGAGGAAUAUAUACAAACAAAGGCAACACCCGAUCAUAGUGUUAGUGUCAGCGGAAGUGCAAGUGGAAGUUUAUUUUCUACUACUUUAUCGUUUAACCAUUCAGAUCGAAAUUUAUUCACAUUUCAUGAAGACUGUUUAGCCAACAGCAACACAUUGCCCCACAUCUUCACCAUUGUUUUGUACUCGGUGGUUUGUGUUGUUGGCUUGUUUGGCAAUACUCUGGUCAUUUGGGUGGUAUUGAGAUUUUCGAAAAUGCAAACUGUUACCAAUAUCUACAUUUUAAAUUUGGCCAUAGCUGAUGAGUGUUUUCUUAUUGGCAUUCCUUUCCUGCUCUAUACCAUGCGUAUUUGUAGCUGGAAAUUUGGUGAAUAUAUGUGUAAGGCUUAUAUGGUCAGUACUUCGAUAACACAAUUUACUUCCUCCAUAUUUUUGUUAAUCAUGGCAGCCGAUCGUUAUAUAGCUGUUUGUCAUCCCAUCGAAUCUCCUAAGUAUAGAACAUUGCGUAUAGCCAAAUUGGUUUCUCUGUUGGCCUGGUUUACUUCGGCCAUUUUAAUGCUGCCCGUUAUAUUGUUUGCCAGCACUGUGUUGCAGGAGGAUGGCAUAAAUUAUUCCUGCAAUAUAGAUUGGCCGGAGGUUUAUAAAAAACAUUCCGGCACCACUUUUAUACUCUAUACAUUCCUAUUGGGUUUCGCCACUCCCCUGUGCUUUAUUUUAGUGUUCUACUAUUUGGUCAUACGCAAAUUACAUUCAGUUCAGCAGAAACAUAAAUCCAAAGAAAAGAAACGUUCGCAUCGCAAGGUCACGCGUCUAGUGUUGACUGUCAUCACUGUGUAUAUUCUCUGCUGGUUGCCUCAUUGGAUUUCUCAGGUUUCUUUGAUUAGUGCCUUUGUGGGACAACGUGAGUUAUCCAGAUUUGAGAUACUACUAUUUUUGUUAUUCGGUUGCCUAGCCUACUCCAAUUCUGCCAUGAAUCCCAUACUUUAUGCAUUUCUCAGUGACAAUUUCCGUAAAUCAUUUACACGCGCCUUUACCUGCAUGAAACACCACGAAGUCGAGGCUCAGCUAAUCAAUGAACACAGUGUCUUCACCCACAAACGUGCGGGUAGUGGUAGUAAAAGGAAGAACUCUAAACACUUAACUGUGCCGGGCCGUGCCGCCAUAGUGCAACAAAAUAGUUGCUCCUUUUUGGCUCCCACUACUGUACACCAUAGCGGAGGUGGUUGUAGUGCUGUGGGUGGUGGUUCCUCAUCGGCCACUUCAACUUCCACCGCAACCACAGCCACCGAUAAGUCUUCAAAUAUCUCUAGAAAACCAAAUGAACAUUUGAAUGGUGAUGUUGUGCAGACGGUGGUGUGUGCACCAAACAAUGAUGUCGGUGAAGGUAUAAACAUGGUGGUGAGUCAUGACCAAAGGUCACAGGGUUUUAAGACGGAAUUGUGUCCUUUGGAAAUGCAAAAUCAAACGGAUGUUUAAAGUGUUUUUA